AUGACCUCGAUCCAGGGCCUGAGCGUCCAGCUGGCUAAUGGCGUGGUUACGGUGCGCGCUCACCGCCGGGAGCAGUCUGGCGGCGGCGUCAUCAUCAGCAGUCUGGUACGGCGCGUGCACCUGCCGGAGCACGUGGACGCCGGCGGGGUGACCUCCCGGCUGACCUGUGCCGGCCAGCGGGUGUUUGAGACGUCGCCUGCCGUCCCCACCCCAGCCGUGGGCUCAGCUGGCGAGAAGCAGAAGGCUGUGACGUCAGAGCCGGACGCUGGGUCAGCUGUUGCUGAGGGCAGCGCUCCGGCAGCGGACCGGCAGUCGGAGAUCUCAGGGGAGGCAACUCCCACCGCGCAGGGGGAGGCCGUCGUGGAAGGUCCCAGCACCAACGCGACAGAGAACUGCGCCGCCGAUGUUGUCCAGAAGGAGGAAAUGUACCGCGUCUCGAUGAAUGUCAGCAACUUUCAGCCGGAGAUGAGCGUCAAGCUGGAAAGCGGCGUGGUGAUGGCGCAGGCGGCACGUGACGAGACCUCGGGCGACGGCGGCCCCACCUACCGACUGAUGCGGCAGUUCGUCCUGCCGCACCGCGUCGACCCCGACCGCGCGACCUCGCUCCUGACCCGUGCCGGCCAGGUGGUGAUCGGGGCCCCUGUCGCCGCGAUCACGGCCCCGGCGCUGAACCAGACGGGGGCUCCAGAGAUCAAGGUGGGGCCUCCAGAGACCAAGACGGGAGCUCCAGAGGUCAGGGUGGGGGCUCCAGAGACCGGGGAAGAGACUUUAGAGGCCGAGCAGGAGGUCAAGCAACCGUCUUUCGAGCCUACAAAGCGGACGGAGCCUGCAGACACGGCUGUGGAAGCGCAGGCGGUCCAUAUUGCGGUGCAGUGUGAGAAGUGA